UCAUCAUCAGCUCGGCCCGCCCCGCACCCAGCAUGGCCGCACACUAGUCUGUAGGAUACCCGUCUCUGUUUGCUAUACGUUUCUCCACUAAGUAUUACCCCCCUACGCCUCUGAUUUCACUUCAACCUUAAGUACUCGUAUAUUCCUGUGGGUUGACGUGAAGUGAGAGGCUUCAAGUGUAAGGAUGGCGCAGGUCCCAAUGCGCAUGGCUCAGCCUAGCCUGGUGCCGCCCCAUCAGCAGCGACCCCCCAUGAUGGUCUCCAUGACACAGCCACCUCCUGUAUCCAUGCAGGGUCUGGUGAGCAUGGCGCCCAUGAUGGCUCCCACUGGUGGGAUGGCUGUCAUGACUCAGGCCAUGAGUCACCCAGAGUCAGGUGUUGGCCCUGAUCACCACACCCUCAACACCCAGUACCACCACCACCACCCACACCACCACCAUGGCCCCCCUGGCCCUCAUCACCCUGGUCCUCCUCCACACCAUCCCAGUGGACCCCCUCAGCCUCCCCCCACAGGGCCACCCCCUCACACAGGCCCCCCACACUCCCAGUACCACCCUGCCCACCACCCAGCACAAGCCCCCCACCAUGGCCCACACCCCUCACAUGGACCACACCAUGGCCCACACCACUCUGCCCCUCACUCCAACCCUCACACUGGUCCCCACACUGCACCUCACACAGGGCCCCACUCUGGCCCACACUCGGGGCCCCACUCAGGGCCACAUUCAGGCCCCCAUUCAGGCCCUCACUCUGGUCCUCACACUGGCCCACACUCAGGCCCUCACUCUGGUCCCCACUCUGGCCCCCACUCAGGACCUCAUGGCGGGCCACACACCGGCCCCCAUGGAGGCCCUCACGGAGGCCCUCACAGCCAUGGCGGGCCUCACUCGGGGCCACACAUGGGACUUCACAGUGGCAGCAACAGUAGUGGGCCGCACGGUGGCCCCCAUGGUGGGCCGCAUGGGGGCCACCAUGGUGGGCCAACCCACAUUCAGGCUACAGCGGGGGUGACAGGCCCUCCCCACAUGACCCCACACUCUGUCAUGCACCACUCGGGCCCCCACCAGAUAGGUGGGAUGGGUAGUAGUGGUCCAGGAGGGAUGGGUACCUCACCUAGCAGUAGUCACCAGCAGCAACAGCAACCACAGCAACCUCAGCAUCAACAACAGCAUCAGCACCAGCAUCAGCAUCAUCAUCAACAGCCUCCACAGCAGCAACAACAGCAGCAACCCCCUCCUCAUCAUACACAAGUACAUCAGCAACCAAUGGCACAGACAAUGCAACAUCCACAGCAGCAAACACAGCCUCCAUUACAACCUCCACAGCCUCCUCAGCAGCAGCAACAGCCAACACAGCCACAGCAAGACAUGGUUGGCGGCAACAGUGUGGUGGGCCUCAGUCCCACAACCAAUGGAGUCAGUGUGAGCAGUGCCUCCUCCGCAAACUCUCCUCUCCCUGGCGUGGGCCCCUUAGGCACAGAUCCUUCUGCAUCUAGCAAAGAAAAGACUCCCAUGUGUCUCAUCAAUGAGCUGGCAAGGUAUAACAAGAUCCAACACCAGUACUGCCUCACGGAUGAAAAGGGUCCUGCCCACAAGAAGACUUUCACUGUAACGCUGCGCCUUGGAGAGAGUGAAGACUACACGGCGUCUGGGCCCAGCAUUAAGAAGGCCCAGCACUCUGCUGCAGCCAUUGCCCUGGAGAAGACACAGUUCAAGCAUCCUCCGCCAAAAACUCAGAGACAAAACAAACAAACUAAACUGACACCCACUGUUGAGCUAAAUGCCCUGGCCAUGAAGCGCGGGGAGGCAGCUAACUAUACUUUUAUGGAAACUCCUCGGCCUCCCAACCCAUACUUCAACAUGCCUCCCAACAUUAGAGCAAUGUACAAUCAGAAAUAUUAUGGUCGACCUCCCCUCUACCCUAUCUUCUUUGUGACUCUACGGGUGGGAACACGAGAGUUCAUUGGGGAAGGGACGACAGCACAGCAGGCCAAACACAAUGCUGCCUCUAAAGCCCUGAAGCUGAUGAAGACGCUACCCAUGCCAGAAAAUGCUGCCACUUGUACCCAGGGAGAUCUGUCAGACCUUGACCCCAAUGCUGAUUUGAAAUCUCCCAUAUCCCUGGUUCAUGAAAUAGCCCUGAAGCGAAACUUGAUGGUCACCUUUGAAGUGAUCAGAGAGUCUGGGCCGCCACAUGUCCGCACAUUUGUCACAGUCUGUAUUGUUGGAGAGUACCGCACCGAGGGGGAAGGAACCGGCAAAAAGGUGAGCAAAAAGAGGGCAGCAGAGUUGAUGCUUGAAGAACUACGCAAGCUGCCCGCCCUUCCCCCCACCACACUGGUUCGCAUUAAACGCAAACCCACAACCAAGAAAAAGAGCAGAAACCUCAUCAAGGUGGGUCAAGAGGAGCAGAAGGCAGCCCCAGAAUAUGGGCAGGGCAUCAACCCCAUCUCCCGCCUCAUCCAGAUCCAGCAGGCCAAGAAGGAGAAGGAGCCAGUGUACACUCUCCUGGCAGAGCGUGGGGUGCCGCGGCGCAGGGAAUUUAUCAUGCAGGUCACAGUGGGGACCCAGAAUGCUCAAGGAAGUGGGCCUAACAAAAAGCUUGCUAAGAGGGCAGCUGCUGAAAAUAUGCUGCAGCUGCUAGGCUACUCUCGGCCUCAGCCCCAGCCAGGAAAGUCUGCUAUCAAGACUGAUGGUGCUAACUCAGACCCUGACAAAACCAGAAAGGUGACUUUCUUGGAGGAUGGCGGGGACCAGCGUGGGUCAGAGGCAGCUGUGGUGGGGAGUGUAAAUGCCAUGGGACAGAUGGGAGGACCUGCAGUUGGAGGAGGUAGACAGUUGGUGCCUGGACUCAUCAUGAUGCCAGAUGGCUCAGCUCUCCAUGGCUUCCAACAGGUCCAACCUCAAGGAAUGGGGGUGGUGAGUGUUGGUCCGAUGGUUAACAUGCAGGCAACCGCAACAAUAGCCAAGGAAUUACUGAAGUCAGGGAAUUCUCCUACAGCAGAGGCCAUGAAGCAGAGCCUGCCCUCAACACCUCAGAACUCCCUCCAGGGACCUCCUCCAGCCAGCCAGCCAAACCUUCCACCACCACCACAGCAACAGUCUCCCAUGGCCGGGCCACCACAGCAGCCACCACAGCAACAGCAGCCACCCCCUCAGCAGCCCCCUCAGCAACCACCCCCACCCCCACAGCAGAUUCAACAACAGCAACAGCCCCCACCACAGCCGCAAGUUCCUCAGCAACAGCAGCAACCACAACAACAGCCACAGCAACAACAGCAGCAGCAUGUGCAAACUCAGCAGCAGCAGCAACCACAGCAGCAGCCACAGCAGCAGCAAACUAUAGUGAAUCAGAAUGCUGUACCCACCACCCAGGCAGUGCGAGCCAAGGACCAGCUGAUGUACCUUGCUCAGAUCCUAGGGCUGCAGGUUCAGUUCACAGAUUUUCCCAAGGGAAACAAGAGUGAGUACUUGAGUCUGGUGUCCCUCUCCACAAACCCUCCUCAUGUCUCCCAUGGUGCUGGCCCUACCAUUGAUGAUUCCCAUGAUCAGGCCUGCCUUACUGCCCUCCGAGCCCUAGCACAGAUGGGCCUGGACACUGUGACAGCCACUAAGCAGGAGUGAGGUGGUGGUGGCUUCACUUUGGACAAGAAGACCACAUCAACUUAGGCUGCCACCUUUUUACUGUUUCUGUUGCACAGCACAACCCUUUCUUUGUCCCCAAAUCUAUCAAAUUACUACUAAAUUUGCACAAAUGAAGACUGUAAUGAUUAUUCUUGAAGUUGCACAAAGGAUCCAUGGAAGUUAUUGUUAAAAAUUCAAGAGUUCUUAAGACCCUCUUCAUUUGCUUUGCAGUGUUUUUAUUGAUUUACUGUCAUACAAUUUCACCAGCUUUCUUUAAGGUUGAGUUGCUUUCAAAAGACAUUCAACUCAACCUUACAGAAUUUGGUUGGGUGGUCUUUCUUGUCCAGUCCUGCAGAUAUGACAAUUUGGGUGCAUCUUACACAUCUGAGAAGCUUACAUAGAUGUGUUUAUGCGGCUUGAUCAGUAUUCUGAGCCUUCUUUGCCUCCAUGAAAAGUGACCGCAACUGCCGAUCUUGCCGUAUAUUCUUUCUGUCUUCCUAUCCUCCCCUUCUAUGCAGAUCUCUCUUUCUAUAAUGCUCUUACAUGUCUAGUGAGAUCUGACCUAUCUUAUGGAGAAAACCUAAGAACAAUGUAUUUUAUUAUUUGGGAGAAACAGUAUGGCAAACAGGAUGUUGAGUGAUAUUGAGCUUUAGAUGUUUGUUAACUAAAGCUCUUUUUCCCCAAUAAGCCAAGGGAUCCUACACAAGUGUGUGGUGGCUCUCCUACAGGCUUUAGUGUGCUGGUGCUGGCUAUCUGGUCUCAUGUUGGAGAGGAGUGCUGGAGGGAGGGAGGAGACUACCCAGCCCAGCCCUCCCUCACACACUCCCGUAGUCUUAGCUUGGUAGUGUACAAGACCUGCCUUCCACACUUGCCCAAUAUUUAAUCACACUGAGUUGCACACAAUAGAUGCUGAUGCUCCUAGGUGCUAUUUAAUGCCCUGGGGAAGGUGAGGGAUAUUAUUUAUGCAAUAAUUGUUUUAUUUCUUAGUAUUAGCACUUGUAUAUAAUCAGCGAUGUUUCAGUGCAUGAGUACUUAUUCUGUGUCACAAUUAGGUUAUUUUGUGGCCACAAAAGGUUUACACAUUUCCAGGUGCCAAGUCACCUAGACAGAGUCUCUGCUUUAUUACUAGCACUUUAUAUAAUCAGGGGUGUUUCCAGUGCACACAGACUCUGCUUUAUAAUAAUCAGCUGAUAAAAAAGUAUUCACAUGUGGUGCUAAAUUUAAAUACUUGAAUGUCUGUUUAUCCUUAUGAUCAAUCCCUCUGGAGCAUCUGUAUGUUAUAUCUCACUAUAGUGAUGGGUGACUAAAUAUAUGGGUCAGUGGAGGUCACAGUGGGCAGGUUGUAGCCACUCCUGCUGGUCCCCAAAGGGUACCCGCUUCUGGCCCAUGUGGGGGCCUGAGCUGGAUGCCCUUACAAUGUACCAUGUGUGGGGCAAGAGUACCCUUGGCCACUGGGCUGGUGCCAUGGCUCGCCCAUACUGUACAUCAGCUGAGUGGGUCCUGUGCUCCAUUACUAGUACUUUUGGCCAUUUCUUACUGUUGUUUAUACUUCCUUCACUUCUUAUGGUUUAUCUGUGACAGUUCUUUGUUUAACUGUUUUUUCACAUGACAAGUGAAGUAUAGUGAGAUGGGAAAGGAAACAGAAACUCAACCGGGUUAGCUUACAGCAAGGAGUGGCUGAGGUUGAUACUUAAUGGGGCACAGUGCACCACGUGAGUUGUACAUUGUUGCAAGUGUUGGCUUGGGCAGGUGACUAAAGGCAGGGGAACUAGAAAUUAUAUUAGCAUUCCUUUCUUCUUACUUUUAAGUAGACAAUUUAUUUAAGUUGCAUGCAAAAACUGUUACAUUUUCAUUGAGUUUGCUCUGAAACUAUUACUCAUGAAAUUACAAAUGUUAUUUUGUAUAAUGUUACAUUUUCAUUGAGUUUCCUCUGAAACUAUACUCUUAUGACAUUACAAAUGUUAUUUUGUAUAAUGUUACAUUUUCAUUGAGUUUGCUCUGAAACUAUUAGUCUUAUGAAAUUACAAAUGUUAUUUUGUAUAAUGGCCUACUUUUGAUGACUGAAUAUUUUGAGGAAUCUGUAGGUUUUCCCAAGACACUUAGCAUACUGUUCAAUUGUAACAGCUUUUUGGAAUGUGAAACAUAAUUAGUCUUUUGAUCUUUGUAAGGUUACUGUUUAUGCUGCCCUUUAAUAUGUGAACUAUUCUUGGCUAGAUUUUUGAACUAUCACUUAACAAUUUGUCAUUCUAGUAGCAUCUGUUGGUGUAGCAACCAACUUUGUGAGAAGUAUUAGAGCUCAAUGGACACUCCUAUACCAGCAAGUGGUGCUUAAAAAAUCUAUCGCCUGAGCAGUACCACUCUAAGGUCUGCCUCCAACAGAACCAGAUGAACCGGAUAUUUUAAAAGACUUAAGGCAUGAUAGUGUUACUUACCCAAUUCUUAUAAAUGUACUCCCUAAGACGAGGCACACAAGAGCCAGUUUUCAUGGGCAAGAAUUUGUCUUCCCACAAUGGGUGUGAAUUUCUGCCUGUGAUAACAAAGGAGUUGAAAUAGAGGUAGAUAACACUAUCAUGCUGUUGCGAUGUCACGUUUGUGAUACGUAACCAUUAUGAACACACGUGAAGACAACGGAAGACAGGGCCCAGCAUGGCUCAAGUCAGUAAAAGCUGAUGGUGUAAUGUAGUGAAAAGCACCAGCUUCCCCUGCUGGUAUAUUUAACAGUACUUCUUGCUUGAUAACAGAAGGGAACAUCAUAAUCAGUAGUCUUGCAGCAUUGUGCUACUGAAAUGGGCAAAGGAAAUUGCAAGAAUUAGUGACCGAAAAUUAUCCUCUUCUUACGUGGUUAAUAAGUUGGUAAUAAUCUAUAUUACUGAACAGUCGGGGAAACUGACACCUUUGCUUGGCUUCAUUACACCAUCAAGGCAGUGGCUUGUCUGGCCAAGAUAGAUGAAUUGAUGACCCUUUUGUGUUCCAUACUACCAAAGUGGUCGGUAAGGUUCUCUCUCCCUCAUUAUUACUUUGGAAAGUGAAUCUUACCAAGUUCCAACAGGAAGAAUGGUGAGCUUCAAGCGAUGGCUGUUUGUGGUGGAGCUACGAGGGUUGUGCCCCCACCUGCCGUGCUGGAGGCAAACAUUGUAGCUGCACUACGAGCACUCAACCAAAAUGUUUGUGGUGGAGCUACAAGGGUUGUGCCCCCACCUGCCAUGCUGGAGGCAAACAUUGUAGCUGCACUACAAACACUCAACCAAAAUGUUUGUGGUGGAGCUAUGAGGGUUGUGCCCCCACCUGCCAUGCUGGAGGCAGACACUGUAGCUGCAGCUCAAACACUCAACCAAAAUGUUUGUGGUGGAUCUACAAGGGUUGUGCCUCCACCUGCCAUGCUGGAGGCAAACAUUGUAGCUGCAGCUCAAACAUUCAACCAAAAUGGAUAGGUGUCAUGUUUUCAUUUUGGUCAAUGGUUGAUGGGUCAUUCUUUGAGAAGAGUAAUUUUCUCUUUAUUAAAGUUAGAUAUUACUAUUUAGUGAUUGUGCAUUAACGGAUAUUUUGCUUUCCUUUUUUGUGUCUGUGCAUCAUUGUUCCAUUGGCACAGCACUGUCUCUGCUUGCAGUUUAGGAUUAGCCUGUUUAGAUGCUUGAGUAUUUUUGACUUUGCUGUUGUCUUCAUGUCUAUUCAUCUAGAUGAUGUCAGGCUUUGUGGGUGUGGUGGUGGUAAUGUAGCCAAUGUGGGGUGGGAUGUGACAUCCAUUGAUGUAAAAACUAUUACUUUAAUAACAGUGUAAUAAUAGUUAGUAAUACAAUUGGACUCAGUGUCAUAAUGUUGCAUAAUUUUUGUAUGUAAAGGAGAGAUGAAUGCUCACUAUAAACCUUGUGUUCAUUUAAUGAACAUCAGCUGCACCAGAGGUGCAUAUCAGUGGCUAAAGACUGCAAGCUACUAAGGUGCAGUAGUCAUAAUAUAAGGUCUGUCAGCACCAGGAAGGCCAGCACUUUACAAAGCUUGGAGCCAGCACUGGAACAUGGCUGUGGAAAGGUUGAGAUUCCUGGCACUCACUGUGAUUUGCUACAGUUCUCUUUGACAUACUGUAUUUGACGGCUUAUAAGACGCACUUUUUCUCAAAAAAGAAAAGAAAAUGUCCCUGCGUCUUAUAAGGUCAAGGUUCAGCUUUGGGUUACUGACUAGUGAAGUUUUAGUGCUGCAGUGGCACUUAAAUUAAACCACAAACCACUCUGCAAGUGUAAACAAGGGAGCGAUCGCUUCAACACUAACAAUGGCAACUCUUUUCUAAAGUAACAAUGUACAACAGUAGUACUUACCGCUACUUCAUAUAAAACGUCAGUCAGAAAGAAAAUGAGUGACGACUCUUAACCAUGCUUGUAUCUAAACAAACUAGCGGACGGUUGCACACCAAACCUGACCACAUGCGCAAGACAGUGUUUCCUUUGUACGGAGACAGGGAUCAUUGAGGUAAGACAAACCUUCUU